ACCUGGACUCCCAGGUCUCCUCUGCGGGGUUGGGGACCAUCCUGAGAGCCGACGAGCCCAAAUCCCACUCUUACUUCCAGAGCGUCUCCAUCACCAAAGUGACUCUCCCUGAUGGGGUGAGUGUCCCCUGUGGCCAGGGCCACGGGGAGACAACAGUGACCCGCCGGAGGGGGGACCAGGCCUUCAUCACCACCACCAAGGAGGACGGGCAGAGCAAGGACUACCGGGAGGAAGUGGUUAACAUGGAUGACCGGGAGCUGGCGCAGUUUGCGGGCACGUGGCCGCGGCAAGAUGAGCUCCACGCUCCCAACAUGACCGACCCAUCGCGUCUUACCUGCGGUGUGGCCCUGAUCGGUUUAAAGUCUGCAUGUUAUCACCUACCCCAGCCCCAGGGCUCAUAA